AAACUCAACUCGACUCUUGACUCUACUCAAGAUCUUACAAUGGAAUCGAUUUCUGUCUGUUGUUCUUCAACAUUCCUUCCCUCGAAUUUCACUGCCAGUCGAUCCCGUCGUGGCCUGAGCAUUGGUCCAUUCGCGACUCGAAGAAGGAAGCAGGACGCCAUGGUUUUUGCUGCGAAACACGACGGCUACGAGGGGGGUUGCAGUGGGCGGCUCGCCGAUGAGGGCAUGAUAAUCCUGAGGAAGCGGAUUCACGAGAUGAAGAUGAUCGAGCGCAACUAUGAGCCCCCGCAGGAUUGGAUGGAGUGGGAGAAGAAAUACUACACUUGCUACGACGAGUACGUGUGCAAAUUUGUUGGGGUGUUGCAGUCUCAUUUGAUGAACACAAGGCCGAGCAUGGCUCUCGGGAUGCUGGCUUUCAUGAUGAUGAGCAUCCCGGUUUCAUCGGGAGUGAUCUUGUCGAGAGCAGUCGAAGGAGCCAUCGGGACAUUGUCAGGCGUUCAUUUGAAUUGAAAUGUAAAUAGAACAGAUUAGAUGCCGAGUGAAGUGAUAGUUAAAAACCUUUUGCUUUUCUACACUUCAUUCUUGGAGCAAAACUUCCUUGUCUACUUGAAUUUUUAACAAGUGAGGAAAUUCUUUUGAUUUUCUUGAA